UUAAUUUAUUUGAAUAUCCCGUACAGUUAUAUUCUGCAGAUAUGGGUGGUCUCUUGAAAAUACAGGGGUGCGAAAAAUUUAUAAUUUGACCUCUUAAUUCCACCCUUUGUUUGAAGCUUCAAUCUCUUUUUCAGUGUCGUUGUCAAAAGUGUUGUUCAACUUCUACUGAAAUAAUGCAAAAUCACUAUCUUAAUUCAGUUUGUGAACAUUCUUCCCUAAAGGACGCAUUGCAGCCUAAGCUCUAACUACAUAUUCCCAUGGAAAUUAUUCACCUGACACUGUAGAUACUCUAGAAUUAAAAUAUUUGCUGUCUCCUCAUUUCUUAUUCUAUUAGUAGCCUGGCAAUAUUUUUCAUUUUUUAAUUUUAACCACUAUGCUCAAGGAAUAGUACCUCCCAGUGAAAGUCUGAAGAAUCCACAAAGAAAAAAACCAUAUUUUACUUUACAUAUAGAAAGCUACUAGUAUUCUGGAUUGUUUAAAAUAUUUUUUAUGAUUUUUAUACAAAUAUUAUAAGCUAGUUAAUAUAUCAGGGUGAAUAUAGAGAUAAUCAAACAGAUGAGUUCUGGUUGUGUGUAAAAGACAUUGCAUGUUCUAAAAAUUGUGUUGAACAUUAAAAAUAAAAAAUAAAAACUAUUGCAAUGUACCAUUUGUAUCUUUUAUAGGUUUGUUUUAUCAUCUAGGCUUACUUUAACUUUUUCUCAGAAAAAGCAUGAAGGUUUCUGUUUCCUGAGUCUCUGUAAGGUGUUUCUGUUGGGCUUCAAAGGUCAGUUAAAAUUAUAACUUGAUGUUUAUCAUGUUUCAUAUUCCAGUUUGCAGUGUCCCUUCCUCCACUCCCCACUUUUCUAAGGAUGAUGAGUCCAGAGUUUUUGAAUGCUAGAGCCUUCUCUUUCAUCACUUCCAACUUAAAUUUGGCGUAUAAGCUAAACAUAAACGGGUCAUCUCAAGUUUAAAUUCUGUAGGAAGGAUUAUUCUAAUAUCUUGAUAUGUGUCACAUUAAACCAGCGGCUGCUGAGUCAGUUCUGCCUCAUGGAGACCUAUGUGCGUCAGAAGAAAACCACAUCCACAGCGUUUUCAAUGGCUAGUUUUUCAGUGGUAGAUCACCAGGCCUUUCUUUUGAGGUGCCUCAUGGGUGACCUAGAGCCUCCCACAUUUCGAUUAGCAGCCCAGAGUUAACCACUUGCACCACCCGGGCACUUAAUUGACCAGAGCUAUUAUUAAAUCCAAAAUGAGAAGUAUUAUUAAAUCCAAAAUGAGAAGUUUAAAAAAGAUCUUCAGUGAGGGGAAGAGUUUAUAUUUCCAAAUUCAGUUAUUAAUCUUUCAUAAGCUGUACUUUUUUUGUUUUGUUUCUUUAGAAUGAUAUUCACUUUAGCUUUUUCUUCACAUCAACACCAACAUUUUAAAUGAAUCUUGAAACUAUUAAACCCUGCAUGGUUUUCUAAUGUAACAUACAAAUAAACAGUACUAAUUUCAUAAAUAGGACAACCAGAGAGAGGGGAUGUGAUAACUCAAGUCACAGCGCUAGUUAAGAAUUCCCAGUAGUCUUGAUAUUGCAGCACCAUUAUUCUCUCUUAAUUUAUUCCAAUCUCCUUAUCAUUAGCAGGUAUCAAGAAAGCCAAAUGGCUCAUGAGAAUUUGACAGAGGUUACGGAGUUUAUCCUACUGGGACUGACAGAGCGUUUGGACCUGAAAGUGGUCCUCUUCAUGUUGUUCCUGCUGAUUUACAUCAUUUCUUUGGUGGGGAACCUGGGAAUGCUCUUUCUAAUCCAAAUCACCUCCAAGCUCCACACACCCAUGUACCAUUUCCUUAGCUGUCUGUCACUUGUAGAUGCCUGCUACUCAACAGUCUUUGCACCCAAAAUGCUGCUGAACUUCUUUGUUGAACAGGAGACAAUCUCAUUUUCUGCAUGCAUUGUGCAAUAUUUUUUAUUUGCGUCACUCAUCACCACUGAGGGCUUCUUGCUGGCAGCAAUGGCUUAUGAUCACUAUGUGGCCAUUGUAUACCCUCUAAUUUAUACAGUGACCAAGACUAAAAUAGUGUGUGUUGUGUUGGUCAUAGGAUCAUGUGUGGGAGGUUUAAUGAACUCGUUAACACACACAAUUGGCCUGGUGAAACUCUCUUUCUGUGGGCCAAAUGUCAUCAGUGACUUCUUCUGUGAUCUUCCUCCCCUGUUGAAGCUGUCCUGUUCUGAUACAUCCAUGAAUGAAUUGUUGCUUUUAAUCUUCUCUGGUGUGAUUGUCAUGAUCACUUUCUUGAUUGUGAUCAUCUCCUACAUCUUCAUUGUUUCUUCCAUCUUGAGGAUCUGCUCAACGGCCGGUAGACACAAAGCCUUCUUCACCUGUGCUUCACAUCUGACAGCUGUGACUUUAUUCUAUGGUUCUAUAAGCUUUAGUUACAUUCAGCCAAGCUCUCAAUAUUCCCUAGAACAAGAAAAGGUGGUGUCUGUGUUUUAUACCUUGGUGAUUCCCAUGUUAAACCCACUGAUUUACAGCCUAAGGAACAAGGAAGUAAAGGAUGCUGUGAAGAGGGCAAUAGAAAUGAAACAUUUCCCCUGUUACUUUCAUGCCACACAUUUCUCAAAAUAGGAUACAGACGUGUGCUCAGUCUAAUGAUAUCUAGACGAAUUUAGUAAAAUUUCAUGGCUGAAAAACUUGGAGUUUAUUCAACUGAAUCCAUUUGCUUUAGAAAGGAAGAGAAAAUCUGAGAAGUGUAACCUGUCAUAGGACACUUGACUGGUAAUUGCAGCAACUAACUCAAAAUAAGACCAGAGACAUAGACCAGAUAACUCUGGACAAUCUGUAACAGAUCCAGUCCCCUCCCUCCACACAUAUAAUUGAUUACUGCUCAACAUCAACACUUGGAGAAAUCAGGAUUUAGCAGAAUUUUUUUUUUUUUUUUUUACCUUACAUAGAUUUUAUCUCAGACCUUAGGGAAUCUUUAGGAAAUAUGUGUUAAAUUUUUCUUUCAUGUCUGUUAAGUUGGGUUUGAGAUUUUGAAAUGGGCCUUGCUGACCUUGAAAAGAAGUCAUUGGCACCAUAUGAACUGCUCGUAGUCAUAUUUGCAUCAAGAACAUUUGUUACUUAUUAAGAAAACCAGGAGCCAAUGCAGUGAAUUUAUAUUCCUAAGAUUUCAUUUUUUGUCCUGUGCAUGAACUCAUAGUGAUUAGAUUGAUCUCAGCUUUGAUGGAUAUUUUCAUUUGUCCUUGGUCAAAUGUGACAUGUGGGCAAACACUGACUCCCAAAAUCAUGGACAUCUAAGGAUCAUACAACCCUCCCAUCCAAACCCUAAUCUGAUAUAGAAUAAACUCUUGAAAGUCCUUAACUCAUGGUUGUCUACCAUCUCCUCCAAAAUCGACACUCUCUUAUUUGAUGAAUUAAAUAAGCACAUAUUGUUUCUCAUUUUAAACAAGAAAUACAUCUUUUCUUAAGGCUUAAAUAAUUUAAUCUUAGAUAUGCCUUAUGAGGAAACCCUGGUGGUAUAGCGGUUAAGUGCUACGGCUGCUAAAAAAAAAGGUCGGCAGUUCGCAUCCACCAGGCGCUCCUUGGAAACUCUGUGGGGCAGUUCUACUGUACCGUACAGGGUCGCUGUCAGUCAGAAUCGAUUCAACGGCAAUCGGUUUGGUUUUUUGGAAGCCUUAUGAAGUCUCAGAACUUGGAUCUUUUCAUUCUUCAUAAAGUUCUCAAAUGUUUUUGCCAGAAUACCCUACUGAGUGCAAUUUUUCUCAGGCUAUCUCCAGUCUUUUCAGUUACGCUUCAUGCAAUAUCAUUUCAAAUUUCAUCAUCGUCUUCAUUCUUUAGUUUGUCAAUGUGGAAAGAUUACAUGGAAUAAAUGGUAAAAGAAACACAGGUUUUUAUAUCAGUGAAUUGUUUUAAAAUUAUUGUUCUACCAAUUCUUACAGUGUAAACUUAGAGAAAUUCUUUAAAUAUUUCAGGCCAACUCUAAUGUGAGUCAUGAGAAUGAAAAUACUUAACUAAAUCAAUCUCAUGAUAACUAGAGAUAAUACCUGGAACAUAUGUAUCUGGAACAUAGUAUAGGCAUUUAAUAAAUAGAAACCUUUGCAACUAGGACUCUCUUAACUUUCAGUUUUCAGGAAGAAAGAUAUACUCCAUUAAAAAAAUAUAUAUAUGUAUUAUUAUAAUAUUUUUAGUAUUUCUUUCUUUUUAAAUCAUUGCAAAUUUUUUCCACUUGUUCUUGUACAGUUUUCUUUAUUGGUCUGAUUUCAUUUUACCUAUCUUUGUGGAAGCAGAAUCGACUCGACAACACUGGGUGUUUGGGUAUCUUUGUGCUUUAUAAUACUUAUUCUUUCAUUCUUUUUGUUGUAGAUUUAGACUAUCAUUUUACCCUGUAUUUAUCUCUUUUAUACUUUCAUUCCAUUUUCCAAAUAUCAGCCUUCUCAAUAUUUCUGAACAUUUCUUUCUAUGUCUGGAAAAUGUACUAAAAAAAUGUUGAGCAUGAUAAUUAUAUCAGUAUCUUAAUUGAUUAAAUUUGUAAUAAUUUUUUGAAAAACAUAUUGUAGACUUUUAACAUACAUGUUUUUUCAAAAAAUAUUACAAAUAAUAGUGUAUAUAUAAAGGUAUUCAAUCACCAAAAUUUUGAAUUAAAAUACAUUUGGAUUGAAACAAAUUUAAAAUAGAAAUAUACAUGAUAUUUAAUUACACCAUAAAGUUGUAUAAAUUGUAAUUAUAAACACUAAUGGAGUUAAUUUUAAAUAUUCAGUUUUUCAUCAUAUAGUCUCACAUAGAUAAGAAAAAUAUCCACAAUGAUUUUCCUUUAAUAUUGAGAAAAAUUCAAACAUGUACUCUUUAGAUAGAAAAUGUUGGGGCCUUACUUUUCCCAGGCUUAUAUAUUUUUUUAUAUUUAGCUGCUUUAAUGGUAUGAAACAUGCUGAAUCUGAAAUUGACUGUUCACAUAAUCACUGGAGAUUCCAUCCUCCAAAUGUCCUGAACCAAAUAUAAAACAAUAGUCAGGAAACAUAACCAAAAACUCCCGGGUUUCCUCUCAACUCCAGGUAGGUGUCGUGUUUACGUAUUCACCAAAGCAAUCACAAAUACCUUCUCUGGUUUUCAAAAGCAUCAUCUCUCAGUAUAUGCUGUGAAUAGAGUAUGAAGAAAAAUCGACGAGUUCAUUGUCAAAGUCAAGUUGUUUUCUUAAAAUAUUUUGCAGACGUAUUUCUUAUUUCCCUCAGGAUGAUGUUGUUAGGUGCCUUCUAGUAAGUUCCGACUCAGAGCAACCCUAUGUACCCGAGAAGGAAACUGUCUGGUCCUGUGCCAUCCUCACAAUUAUUGCUAUGUUUGAGCCCGUCAUUGCAGCCAUUGUGUCAACCCAUCUCAGUGAGGGUCUUCCUCUUUUGCACUGACCAUCUACUUUAACAAACAUGAUAUCCUUCUUCAGGGCCUGGUUCCUUCUGAUAACAUAACAAAAGUACAUGAAAUGAAAUCUUUCCUUCCUCACUUCUAAGGAGCAUUCUUAUUGUACUUCUUCGAAGACAAGUUGGUUCAUUCUUCUGACAGUCCAUGAAGUAUUCAAUAUUCUUUGCCAAAAGCAUAAUUCAAAGACAUUAAUUCUCUUUCAGUCUUCCUUAUUCAUUGUCCAGCUUUCACAUGUAUAUGAGGCUAUUGGAAAUAUCUCAGCUUGGAUCAGGCACAUCUUCAUCCCCAAAGUGACACCUUUGCUUUUUAACACUUUAAAAAGACCUUUUGCAGCAGAUUUGUCCAAUGCAAUGCAUCCUUUGUUUUCUUGACUACUGCUUCCAUGGGCAUUGAUCGUGGAUCCAAGUAAAAUGAAACCCUUGACAAGGUCAAUCGUUUCUCCAUUAAUCAUGAUGUUGCUUACUGGUCCAGUUGUGAGGAUUUUUGUAGUUCUUUAAUUGGAGGUGCAAUUCACACGACAGGCUGUAGCCUUUAAUAUUCUUUAGUAAGUGCUUCAAGUGAUCUUCACUUUCAGCAAGCAAGGUGGUGUCAUAUGCAUAUCUCAAGUUGUUAAUAAGUCUUCCUUCUUUUUUAAAAAUUUAUUUAUUUUUUGUAUUGUACUUUAGGUGAAGGUUUACAGAACAAACUCAUUUCUUAUCAAACAGUACAUGCAUUGUUGUAUGACCUUGGCUAACAACCCCACGACAUGUCAACACCCUCCUUUCUCAACCCUGGGUUCCCUAUUACAAGCUUUCCUGUGCCCUCCUGCCUUCCAGUCCGUGUCCCAGGGCUGGUAUGCCCCUUUAGUCUUUUUUUGUUCCAUGGGCCUGUACAAUCUUUUGCUGAAGGGUGAACCUCCAGACUGGCCUCAUUACUGAGCUGAAGGGGUGUCCAGUGGCCAUAUUCUCAGGGUUUCUCCAGUCUCUGUCAGGGCAGCAAGUCUGGUCUUUCUGUUUCAGUUAGAAUUUUGUUCUACAUUUUCCACCAGCUCUGUCUGGUGCCCUCUAUUGUGAUCCCUGUCAGAGCAGUCAGUGGUGGUAGCCGGGGACCAUCUCCUUGUACUGGACUCAGUCUGGUGGAGGCCAUGGGAGAUGUGGUGCAUAAGAACUUUGGACUAAUCUUUCUCUUGUAUCUUUAGUUUUCUUCAUUAUUCCUUGCUCCCAAAGGGGUGAGACCUGUGAAGUAUGCUAGAUGGCCACUCAUAGGCUUUUAAAACCCCAGACACUACUCACUAAAGUAGAAUGUAGGACACAUUCUUUGUAAACUAUGUUAUGCCAAUUGAACAAAUAUUCCCUGAGAUCAUGGUCCUCACAACCCUCAGCUGAACAAUUCGGUUCCUCAGGGAGUUUGGAUAUGUCUGUGGAGCUAUGAUGACCUUGCCUUGUACAGGUUGUGCUGGCUUCCCCAUUAUUGUGUAAUGUCUUACCCUUCAAGGAAGUUUCCAUUUAUCUAUUGUCUAUUAAGUGUUUUUCCAUCUCCACCCCUCCCCUUCCUUGUAAUCAUCAAAGAUUGUUUCUUUUUUAUGUAAACCUUUUCAUGAGUAUUUAAGGUAGUGGUCUCCUACAACAUUUGUCCUUUUUUGACUGACUUAUUUCUCUCAGCAUAAAGUCCUCCAGAUUCAUCCAUGUUAUGAGAUGCUUCACAGAUUCAUCAUUGUUCUUUAUCAUGCAUAAUAUACUCCAUUAAUUGUACCUACCACAGUUUGUUUAUCCAUUUAUCUGUUGAUGGGCAACUAGGUUGUUUCCAUCUUUUUGCUAUUGUGAACAAUUCUGCAGUGAAUAUGGGUGUGCCUUUGUCUCUUUGUGUGAUGACUAUUUCUCUAGGAUAUAUUCCUAGGAGUGGGAUUGCUGGAUCAUAUGGUAUUUCUAUUUCUAGCUUUCUAAGGAAGCUCCAUAUCGUUUUCCAAAAUGGUUGCAUCAUUUUGCAUUCUCACCAGCAGUGCAUAAGGGUUCUAAUUUCCCUGAAGCCUCUCCAACAUCUGUUAUUUCCUGUUUUAUUGAUUUGUGACAGUACUUCUGGAGUGAGAUGGUAUUUCAUUGUGGUUUUGGUUUGCAUUUUUCUAAUGGCUAGAAAUUGUAAGCAUUUCCUUAUGUGUCUGUUGGCUGUUUGAAUAUCUUCUUUGGUGAAGUGUCUGUUCAUUGCCUUUGCCCAUUUUUUAAUUGGGUUGUCUUUUUGUUGAAGAGGUGUUGAAUUUUCUUAUAGAUUUUAGAGAUUAGACCUUUGUCUGAUUUGUAAUAGCCAUUUUUUUUCCCCCUAGUCCUUAAGUUUUCUUUUCACUAUUUAGGUGAAGUCUUUUGAUGAGCAUAAGUGUUUAAUUUUUAGAAGACCCCAGUUAUCCUUAAUUCUGAUGCCAAAUUCUUCUUCAUACGGUCCAGCUUCUCAGACUAUUGGCUCAGCGUACAGGCUGAAUAAACAUGGAGAAAGGAUACAACCCUGACGCAUACCUUUCAUGAUUAUAAAACAAGCACUAUCCCCUUGUUCCAUUCAACCAACUGCCUUUUUGUCUAUAUAUGGUUUCCACAUGAGUACAAUGAAGUGUUCUGGAAUUCCCUCUAUUCCCAAUAUCAUCCUUAAUUUGUUAUGAUCCACAUAGUUCAAUGUCUUUGCAUAUUCAUUAAAACACAGGCAAACAUGUUUCUGGUAUUCUCUACUUUCAGCCAGGAUCCAUUUGAUAUCAGAAAUUUUAUCCCUCAUUCCAUGUUCUCUUCUGGAUCUGGUUUGAGUUUCUGACAAUUCCCUGUCAAUAUGCUGCUGCAUCCACUUUUGAAUGAUCCUCAGCUAAAAUUACUUGCAUGUGAUAUUAACGAUAUUGUUCUAUAAUUUCUUAAUUCUGUUAAAUCAAUUUUCUUUGAAACAGGGACAAAUAUGGAUCUCUUCCAUUCUGUCAGCCAGGUAGCUGUUUCCCAAUUUUCUUUGCAUAGAUGAGAGAGUGUCUCCAGUGCUUCAUCUGUCUGUUGAAACAUCUUAAUCGACAUACCAUCACUUCCUAGAGACUAGUUUUUCCCCAAUGCCUUCAGUGCAGCUUGGAUUUACUCCUUCAAUACCGUCCGUUCUUAGUCAUAUGCUACCACCUGAAAUGGCAGAACAUUGACCAAUUCUUUUCAGUAGAGUGACUCUGUAUAUCCUUGCCAUCUUCUUUUUAUGUUUCCCUUGUUAUUCGAAUUUUGCCCAUUGGUCCUUCAGUAUUUCAACUAGAGGCUUGAGGGAUUUCUUCAGUUCUUUAAGCUUGAGAAAUGCCGACUGUUUUCUUUCCUUUUGAUUUUUUUAACUCCAGGUGUGUGCACAUAUUUUUAUAAUACUUUGUCUUCUUUAGCCACCCUUCGAAACAUUCUGCUCAGCUUUUUUACUUUGUCAUUUCUUCCAUUCACUUUAGCUACUCUAAGUUAAAGAGCAAGUUUCAACGUGUCUCCUGACAUCCAUUUUGGUCUUUUCUUUCUUUUCCAUCUUUCCAUGGCCUUCCACUUUCUUCAUGUAUGAUGUCCUUGAUGUCAUCUCACAACUUGUCUGGUCUUCUGUCAUUAGUGUUCAAUUCAUAAAUUCUAUUCUUGAGAUGGUUUGUAAAUUCACAUGGCUUAUACUCAAGGUCAUAUUUUGGCUAUUGUGGACUUGUUUUAAUUUUCUUCAGUUAUUCAACUUGAACUAGUAUGUGAGCAAAUUAUGCUCUGUUCCACAGUUGGCACCUGGCCUUAUUCUGACUGAUGUUAUUGAGCUUUUCCAUUUUCUCCUUCCACAGAUAUAGUCAAUUUCAUUCACGUGCAUUCCAUUUCAUGAGGUCCGUGUGCAUAGUCACAGUUUACGUAUUGAAAAAAGGUAUUUGCAAUGAAUAAGUCAUUUGUCUUGCAAAAUUUUAUCAUGUGAUCUCUGGCAUCCUUUCUAUCAAUAAAGCCAUAUUUUCCAACAGCUGUCCUUCUUUGUUUCUGACUUCCUCAUUGCAAUCACUAGUAAUUAUCUAUGCAUCUUGACUGUAUGUUUGAUCAACUUCAGACUGCAGAAAUUGAUAACAAUUUUCAAUUUCUUCAACUAUGGCAUUAGCGUUUGCUGGAUAAAUAUGAGCAAUAAUUAUAUCAACUGAUUUUCUUUGGAAGUUUAUACAUGUUAUCCCAUCACUGACAGGGUUCUGCUUCAGGAUAGAUGUUGAAAUGUUCUUUUUUGCCAAUGAACGUGGCACUGUUUCUCUUUCACUUGUCAUUCCCAGCAUAGUAGACUAUAUGAUUGUCUUAUUCACAAUGGACAAUACCAUUUUUUUUUAAAGUAGAUCACCAGGUCCUUCGUCUUAGUCUGUCUUAAUCUGAAAGCUUCCCUGAAAACUGUCCACCGUGAGUGACCCUGCUGUUAUUUGAAAAAGUGGUGGCAUACCUUCCAGCAUGACAGUAGCACACAAGCCACCACAAUAUGACAAACUUACAGACAAAUGGUGGCAUUUUCUUUUAAUGGAUGUUUUUCCCUACAAAAUGCGAGGAUCUGGUCUCGUGCUCUUUAAUCUGGAAUAUACUGUUACGUAAGUGUCAUCCACUAAAUUCUCUCUGUUAAACAAACGUUUCUACUAAGGCCUUUCGGGGGGAUUUUAGUUUCUCCGUGGCAUCUAUGUGGCACAUAAUGACAAUUUAUAUGCCCUGCUCAGAGUUUGAUAUAAUGAAAGCCUUGUAUCAGGCUAACUUUUCACGGUUUUGAGAAUUACAUUUACUGUAGAUUAAUAUUACAGACUAUUAAAGUCAUACAGUGUUCUAAAGGUGUUAGUAGAUUGAAUUCAUACUUUCAAGCUCUAUAUUUGUUUUUUUCUUUUUCUCUGUAGCUCUCUCAUAGGGGAUCUACACAUGGCAGACAGAAAUGUCGAUGGAAUCACUGAAUCCAUCCUCCUGAAAGUCUUAUAAUCAUAAACUAAGAUUUAAAUCUAUAUUGGAUCUACCGAAGUAUCCAUUGCAGAGCAUUAUAUAUGUAGUGUUUUUACAUUUUGACUAAUUAAGUUACAACCUAAUGAUAAUAUGUGCAUAUACAACUUCCCAGUUAAUUUCAUUUUAUUUUUUGUUUCAAAAGAUCCCUAACAAUGGAAUUAUUAGGUAAAACAUAUAUAAACAUUUUAAUAUGAUACUUUGCCAAAUUGUUUCCCAAAAAGCAUUUAUUUAAAAAAAAAAACUAAUUCUUUGAUAAAGGCAAUUAUUACAUUUAUUUGAAAAUUUACUUAUAAUAUCCUAAUAAGAAGAAAUAAAUAAUGAAUAUGUUGUAUAAUAACAUCUCAACAAAAGAGGGGAAAAAAAUCAAAACCAACAAUGUGAAAAUUAAUGAAAAUACAAUGAGCAAUCUUGCUCUUCUUUCACCAAAUUAUUAGCUAAUUGCAUGAAAACGUUUAGGGAAUUAGACUUUGAGAAUAAGAUCAUCAGACCAAAUUCAGUAUUAGAACCACGCUGAUAGAAUCAGGUUGAAUUAA